ACGACGCCCCACAAAGAAAUAAGUGCCAAUAAGCAAGAAGGCGGUGACAGCAGAGAAGGAGUGAAGGCUGAAGGCGGCGAAGGCCACUGUCCUGUCCACGCCCCUUCCCUCCCUAGCUCCAUCCUGAUUGGUUGGAUUUGAAUAACAGCGGGUCGCGCAAUGGAUGCUGGGAAGCGGGAGGGAACGUUCAAACCGAACCUUCGCCAAGAGGGCUGCGAGAGGGAGAAAAAGAAGGACGAGCGGGGCGGCCUCGGCGAGAUGAAGGCGGCCGCGUGAGUGACCCGGGGCGGGGAGGAGUGGCGCCUAGUUAGAGGCUCCUCAGCCCUUCCUUUAAAGUUCUCCCUCCCUUCCUCUUUCUCAUACUAUUUUCCUCGAACAAAAGCGCCCUUCUAUCGUGCAGAUUCAUGUAUGAGAUACUGUACUUAUCUGCAUUUAUUAUCUCUCUCUCUCUCUGUAUCUAUAUGUCAUAAAAUGUAUAUGCUGCUUGAUUGCAAACUUUGUUAAACGAUCUGCAAAUGUAUAAAACAAAAAAAUGGGUAUAAACAGUUAAACAAUUUAAAACGUUGAAAAAAAAUAAAAAGCAGCGACAGAUUAGAAUACAGACCACUGUUUUAUGUAUCUGGGUAGACUUGUCUAAAUUAAGAUGCUUUAAAAUAUACACACAUAUGUUUAUACAGAUAGUUGCCUAUUAUUGUACAGUAAUUAAUUAAUUGCCUUCUAAAGCACUGGCUCAGUGAGAUUUACAGAUAUGGCUAGCAGCAAUUUGAAACACAAAAUAAUGAACACAUUUAAAAGACUAAAAAUUGCUUGUGUGUAUAUAAAAUCUGUGUGUGAGAGAGAGAGAGAGGGAGAGAGAGGGAGAGAGAGAGAGAUACCCAGUUCGUAUCUGUUUUAGAUUUGAACUGAUUUAUACAUGCAAUGUUUUUAGCAUUAUUACCUAUGUAACUGUUCUGCUUAAGUAAUUACAUUGAAAAUUGCUUUGGGAUGCCUUGUGAGAAGUGAUUCAUAAAUGAAAUAACAUUGAAAAAAUUCUCAGAUGCGUAUGCAUAUAACCUCUCUCACUCUCUUUGUAACCUGUAUAUCAUUUUAUAUAAAUAGGGUAGGUUAUACAUGAGAGAUUCUCUUGUAUUUGUAUUGCUUGGUAGCAGGCUGCCUUAACAGGAGAGAUUGGAAGCUGGGCUGUUUCUGGCCCUGAACUGUUUCUGUUUUAGCUAGCCAUAGUAAGAGCUGCUAAUAGACUUAUAAGAAUUGGUGACUGAGUUUGUUUUAUUUCCUCUCCUGUCUUUGUUCCUCAAUUCCUUUUGUGACAUGUAUUUAAUACUGUAAGCUUGUAGGCAGAGACUGUGUUUUUAGUAAGCUGCUGUAGGAGCCUUUUUGGCUGAAGAGCAGGGUACAAAUGCUCUAAACAAGCAACUACAUAAUCUAUGCAUGCUACUUAACUAAAUCAGGGGCAUAUCUAUAAACUGUGUUACAAAAAAGUGUUACUAGCUUUUUCCAGAGUGACAAAUGCCAAAGGAAAAAAGGUUAGAUUCUUAUACAGUAAUGACCUUCAACUUUAUGCACUUCUAUCAUUUAUAAGCACUGUGAUACUAGGAUCAUACAAUAGUUAAAAGCAACAGGUUCCUGCCAUGAAAUGCUGGUUUAAAAUAAGUGAUGCUCCUCUCCAGGCGUCAUCUGUGUCAUAUGAAGGCAGAAACAUUCCAGAGUCUGACUUCUUUCCUCUGUGCUACAAAACUGGGAGCUGGGGAGGAACAAAGCAGUUAUGUUUGUGAAGCCAUCCUUUACACAGGUUAACGUUAACAUGUGAACCAGCUCACUAUCUAAUUUUUAAGAGCACAGGAGAUUAUGCUGGCAGAGGCCAGAAGGGAUGAAUGUGCCUGUUAACCAGCCACCUUGACUAUCUUUUCUUUUAAUAGAGUGGAGGGAUCUAAACAAAAUAAAUGUGUGUGCUCUGCUGUUCCUCCUGUCUCUAGUCUCCUCUGUGUUUGAGAUUCUUUUUUUUUACAUGGACUCCAACUCUAGCAGAGCAUUUAAGACUGACCUGGAGUCCAUUCUAGAUUGCCUUUAGCUGAAAGCCACAAUAUUGGGGAAGCAGGGGUGUGUGGGAUUGCACAUCUUCUAAACUGAAAUGCUCUGCAUGUGAUAUUUUGUUUAAGUAGCAUUAGUAGUGCAGUGCCUUUCUGCCUUAGCUGUUCUUAUCAAUGAAAACUAUUUCACAUGGCUUGGGGUUGACAUGGUGACUUGAAAUGCGCUCCUGCAUUGUUGUCAUACUGAUCCCAGAGCAGUCAGGUUAUUUGUCCCCUGUGUGCCUUGGUUCUUGGUUGACUUGCCUGAUGAUUUUUCUUUCUUUUUUUUCGUUUCCAGGAAAACCAAAACUCCAAGGAAGCCUGGGCAGAAAAAUGGAUCUAGCAACAAUUUGAAGGACCCUGUUGGGGUAAGUGGCUGAUACAGAGGAUGGGCAUGGGAUGUAAAUGCAAACCUCAUAUGAUGUGUGUGUUUUUUUAGAUGAAUAGGUGAGAUCCUCUGACAGCAGACAAACAUAGGCAGAGUCUGUAAGCAAAUAAGGGCACAACUUCGUAUUUCCCUUGAAUAUUCUCUCUUCCACCCCUUAUCUUCUAUGAAAAUUAAUUGGGGUAUCAGUCAGAGGUUCCCUUCACAGCUUUGCUACUUUUAUUUACUUUUAUUUCUAUCCCACAUUUUCUGAUCAUGUGGGAAUUUGAACUUUGUUCUCCUAGGUCAGGGAGAUCCCACCUUGGAUCCUUUCACAUAAAUACAUCAAUGGUUAGACUGGUUUAGGUAUAUAAACAUGUGCUAAAAGAAUAAUGGCCUGUGAUGACAGCUGACCUUUAACCUGGCUGAUCUUUCUGAUGCUACAAGAUGCUCGUUAGUUUUGUCACACAGUCCUUUGUGAGAGCAAUAAGUGGAAAUAUGUUUUAGGUUUUUUGUCUGUGGUAGACACUGAUUCCCAGCUACAUUAAAAAUUUUGGAUUUCUUUCUCUGUGGGAAGUCCUCACUUCCAGCCCUGAGGGCAAAUUUCUUGGUUUGCAGAAAUAAAUUAUUUUAAUGAUAGAUCCAAGGAAAUUGAUUUUGUUGUUGCCUCUUCUCCUUCCAGCAUUUUCUUAUUUCUUGUAUUUGGUUGUCAGUUCGAUGGCUGUCAGUCAACAUUACAUGCCGUUCAAGCUGUUGGAAGCUAUUUUUGUGUGGUCCUCUUUAGGGUUCUUUCAGAAACACCUUUUAUAUUUCUGCAAACCUUGGGUCCCUCCCCCCCAGCCUGCUGAUACCUUCAGCCUUCUGUGUUGGUGCUUUUGUUUUGGCUACCUAGUGGUGGGCUCUUUUCCUACUAAAAUGGGGGCGAGUGGUGGAAGUUUCAUUUAUCUCACCUGCUAGGCUUAUUAAGACUUGGAAUCUGCAAGCUGUGACAUUUCUAAGUACUUUUUCCUCAGGUGUACUGCCGGCUGCGCCCACUCAGUGUGCCAGACCAAGAAUGCUGCGUAAAAGUGAUCAAUACCACGACAGUCCAGGUUCACCCACCAGAUGGAUACCGAAUUUUCCGCAAUGGGGAGUAUAAGGAGGUAAAGCCUGCUAGAAAGUGGCCAGCAACCAGAAGCUGAAAACUGAGGUUCUGUUGAGUUUAGGUUUGGAUCUGCUUUAUCCUUUAACGUUUGCAGGGAACUUUCUUCCCUGGAGGACAAAUUAAAGCUUUGUAAAAGGCAAAACUUGUAAUGAGAGGACAAGUGCCCCUCUCAUGGGACAUAACAAACAGCUCCUCUGCAUCAGACCAAAGGAUGGCCUAGUCCAGUAGCCCACAGUGUACAACCAGAUGACCCUGGGAAGCCCGCAAGCCGUGCGUGAGAAAAAUAGUAGUCUACUACUUCUCCCCAGCAGCUGGUAGCCAGAGGCUUGCUGCUUCCUUUGAUUAUGCUCCACUACUGCUUGAGAUGGGGAGCUAAUAGGAUCUUGGGGGAAAUUAGAGUAAAAUGUGUUUAUUAGGAAUUAAUAUGCUGAAGCAAUGCUAGACAUCCUCUAUCAGACAUUAGGCAGGAGUCCCAGUAUCUAUUUUUAGAUGUCUAUUGAAAACCUUUUUUUAGUUCAGCAAGCCUAUCUGAAUAUAAAUUAUGUGUAUUUUUAAACAUUUUACUUCUUUUAUCUCUGUGUUAUUGAUGGUUAUUUUAGAUUUGCUUGUUUUUCAAAGACCUUUGCUGAUUUUAUCUGCAUUUUAGUGAUAUUUUUAUUACAUACCGUGCUUAGAGUUUUCUGAGUAAACAAUAUUUUUUUUUCUAAAUUAAUAGAAGCAAGACAUAAUUUGAGGUCUAGAAACAGCAGCAAAGUGCUUGCUUGUUGCUUCAUAACAGUUUGUUGUCUUCCUCUUCAGGUUCAGUAUUCAUUCAAAGAGGUUUUUAAUGUCGGUGGGACUCAGAAACAUGUGUUUGACGUUGUUGCCAAACCUCUAGUGGAUGAUCUGAUUCAUGGGAAAAAUGGUACGAGAGGAUAGAACAUUUCAUGCUCUAGCUGAUAUCUAACCACUGAUCUCUCUUUUUCUAAACUUGCUUCAUUUCCUCCUGCACAUUCUGCUAUAAAUGCCCAAAUAUUGAUUGGGACCUACUUUAUUUUGUACUGAUUAAAAGCAUAUAUGGUUUGGAGUAUCUUCAGCCCAACUACACCUAUAAUAGAUAAUCCAAUCUUAAUUGAAUAAAAUACUUCAUUUUGUGGAGGUUGGUGAAGUUUAAAAUGCUUUCUUCAUAGCUGCACCUAGAUUGAGGAAAUCUUUAUUUGAAACUGACAUCUGUUUUGACCCUGCUGGGCAGAAAAAGCUUUUUAAAGUUUGUGUUUCUCUGUUCUGCCUGCCUCUAUUGUAUUGUUUGGAUAGUAUGCACUUUGUUGUAAGCCAAAGUGUUUUUUGUGUGAAACAGAAGGAUGAAGUAGACAUUUGCCUAUAAAAUAUGUUCUCUUUGACUCCUAGGCCUCCUUUUCACAUACGGUGUCACUGGGAGUGGGAAAACUUACACCAUGACUGGUUCUCCUGGUGACGGUGGCCUGCUUCCUCGCUGCUUAGACAUGAUCUUCAACAGCAUAGGAUCUCUGCAGGCCAAACGAUACGUAAGUCUCUUCCUACCAAGUCUUGGUGUGUAAACGGUUUUGUUGCCAUUGCCAUAUGCUUAACUUAUAAAUCAUUGAAUGAACAGGUUGGGAUGCAUUGCAUUUAAAGACACACAAUGUAGGUAGAGAAGAAGUCCUGAAAGGCAGGGUAGCCCCCUGCAAACCACUUGGGCGGAGUUCAAAGGGUCCCUUUUGCACUUACUGCUUACUCUGUAGCUAAUAGAGUUUGUGCUUCUUUUUGUAAAAGGCAAACUGAGAUGAAGGGGAAACAAUCAACAGCAAAAGUUCAGCAUAUUUUCUGAAUCAGUGCUCCCCAUCAUGAAUGUUAGAAACUUUCGUUGUUGGUUAGACAGGCUUGAUUAUUAAAUUUCUUUCCUGCCCUUCAUCAUAAAUGUGAAGAUGAGAGCCAGCACAGGGUAUGCCAGGGUUCAAAUCCCUCAGCUACUUGAAGCUCACUGGGGAACCCUAGGCAGUUGCUAUCUCUCAGCCUAACCUUCCUCACAAGUUUUUUGUGAGGGUAACAUAGGAUAGGGAGGAGUCAAUGUACGCUGCCUUGAGCUCUUUGAAGGAAAAGUGGGACCUAAAUGUAACAGAUAAACAUCAAAUCAAUGAGCUUGGGGUUUGUAACAACAAUAAAAUACAGUGAGAUCAACUCUCCCCAUUCCCAACUCUUCCCACUUUUAACCCAUGAUUAAAAUAUAAAACUACCAAUAUCUCACAUACCUGUCUCUGUGCAGACCCAACAGAAUGACAAAGUAUGACAGAAGAGGGAGGUGUUCCAAAGGUGUGGGGCAGGGCUAUCACUAAGAAGGCCCUGUGGUGGGUCAUAGCCCCUGGCUUCCUUCAAAGACUGAAUCAGCAUUGCCCCUCCCCACCCCAGUUGAUCUUAAGGUCCAGGCACGUGACUUUUGAAGGAUGUGAGUUUGAGUAGAAAUCUUCAGCUGGUGUUGGCUGUCCUUCCUGCUUCUCAGGUCGAGAAGGUCAGGUCUGAGAUAGCAGAGACCACUGGCCAAUAGCCUAAUUGUGACACUAUUAGUAAAAUAAAAUUGCUACUUUUCUCUUGGAAAGACUUACCUUAUUUCUGAAAACCUUUUACCUCAGGUGUUCAAGCUGGAUGAUAAGAAUGGGGUUGAGGUGCAGUGUGAUGUCGAUGCUUUACUUGAACGUCAGAAACGAGAAGUUUUUCAGACUCCAAAAACUCCAUCUAGCAAGUAAGUAGGAAUGGGCGGCUGGGACACCCUCCUCCCAUCAGGGACUGCCAUAGAUCCAUUGUCGAAUAUAUCAAAAUUUCAACUUGCUGUGCUAUUUUUUAUUUUAAAAGCAGGCGGCAAAUUGACCCUGAAAUAGCUGAUAUGAUCAAUGUCCAAAACAACUGCAAAGCGGAAGAAGUUGAUGAGGACAAUGUUUACAGUGUGUUUGUCUCCUACAUUGAGAUCUAUAACAACUACAUCUAUGACCUUUUGGAUGAAGGCCCCUUUGACGCCAUCAAACCAAAGUGAGUAAACUUCCUUCAGCCUGGCUCUCUGAAUCUGACAGCUAACCAGAUUAUAGCUACAUGGAAUGUAAGUGACAGAAUUGUGGUCUGGUGUUUCGGAUUCCAAAAAGUAAAGUUGGAAAUAGAUUCCAGAUCUGAUGGUUUAUGCCUUGGGGAACAAAUGGAUUGUGUCUGUUUCCAGAAAAUUGGGCUGAGGUAGUAUUGAGGAAAGGUUUCUGUAAUAGUGAACAUUACUGUGAAGCAGUGUCAUGCUUACAGAUGCAUUGCAGAAGUCAGCUUUGGUACCAAUAUGGGUCUUACCUAGCCUUGGCGUAGGCACUAUUCUCUUCGUCAACAUUUCUUCGACAUCUUUGGUCAAGGGUUAUGCAGAAGCAUCACUGAGCACACUCCUUUUUUCUGAGGCUGGCAUUGCCCACAAACAAAAGUCUUCCAAACUCUGGUGUUUGCUGGCUGCCUACAUAGGAAGUAACCCCAAAACAGACUUUUAGGAAUGUUCCAAAGACAUACAAAUUCUGCCACAACUUCACCUAAAAGCCACAGGCAUACAUUCCAAAAGCAGAAAAUGUCUUGGGAAAAUGCUCUGAAAAGGGUUGUGUAGUGGAGAAAAGGCAGUGUGGGCCUGUAACACUUGUAAUUUCUUUGCUAGGUGGAGCAGCUGUGGCACUCCAGUGCGAAGUGCUGACUUUAUGUAUGUGCACAGGUUAUAUUUUCCUCUUGUUAAUGUGCAGUUGGCUGUUUUGCACUUAGUGAAACUGGUGUGAUUUCUCCUAUUGGCUUUUCUUCCCUGCAGCUUGUUGUUGAUAGCUGACAUGUACCUGAGUGUUUCCCUCCCUAUAUGAAGUCUGAAUAGCUUGACCUUCCCUCUCUUUCCCUUCUUGCCUGAAUAAGCUAAUCCUGCAUGGCAGCUUGUGCUGUAGCUGACCUUGGUGUGGUUAGUUUUUGGCUUCCCCUUGCUAGCAAUAAGUAUGUUGGUGCUGGCCGACUCUCAUUGACACCCUCACUCUUACAGACUUCCCCAGUCCAAAAUUCUCCGCGAGGAUCAGAACCACAACAUGUAUGUUGCAGGAUGCACGGAGGUGGAAGUCAAAUCCACAGAGGAAGCUUUUGAAGUCUUCUGGAGAGGUAGGAAACUCCCUGGGCUCCUCCAAAGUGCUGCCCUUGUGGCAGAGGACUGCCACAGAGGAAAACAUCUGGCACAGAGCUUCCUGUUCCUGUUCGUUUGAGCCCUGAUAGGAUAGAGGGUUCAUAAUGUUCAGUUCUUUGUCUUCUAACAGCAGCCAGGCAGGUGCCUAUAGGAAGCCCAAGCAGCAGGUCACAAAUGCAACAGGACAAGCCCCACCCUGAAAAUCAGUUGCUGAGGGUGGGGGCAAUACCCAGUCCUUGUGAAAGCACAGUUGGCAUAACUAAUUGCCAUUGAUUGCAUUAUCCCAUGAAUUUGUCUCACACCUUUUAAAAGCCACUUGAGCUAAUUGCCCUGUUUCGUGUUCAUGCAUUUUCCAUAAGUCACACUUUGUGUCUAGCACUUCCUUUUUUCUGUUCUGUAUUGACCUCCAUUGAAAUUCAUUGAUUAAUCCCAACUUCCAGAUACAGGAGAGGGAGAAAAUCGUUUCUGUGUCAUUUGCAACUUGAUAAAUCCCCCACAUCCUCCUCAAGCUGUCACUCACACAAACAAAACAUCCCUCCCCAAAUAUAUCAAAUUUUUCUCCUGGGGGAAAAAGGGUCUCCAAGCCUUGCCCCUUUCGGCUUCCUCUUCCUGUAUGUUUUUCUAGCUUGGACCACCUUCAGCUAUGGCCCCCAGAACUGUGUGCACACCACAAUGCACCAACACCUGGAAUGCUAUUGAUUGCUAUGUGUUCAGUCUCUGUUAGAUUAAAGGACUUUUUCCUGCUUUCUAUCAAACAGGCCAAAAGAAGAGGCGCAUUGCAAACACUCAGCUCAAUCGUGAAUCCAGCCGUUCCCAUAGUGUGUUCCUGAUCAAACUGGCCCAGGCGCCACUUGAUGCCAGUGGGGAUAAUGUUCUACAGGUAAAAUCAAGAGGGGCUAAGGAGAGCACAGCUUCUCUUUUCUCUCCCCCAACCCAUUCCCAAAAGGUAGAUCCAUUAAAUGACUCCCAUCUGAUAGCCAAGGUAUGGGAUGUGGAGCUGGUUAUAGAUCUCCAAACCAAGGCCUUGAAUGAGCUACUGCUCUUUCCAACUUGUGGAGGAAGAUUCUUUUCUCUCAUUGUGGUUGUUUCUUUAUUAAAACUAUGACUCCUUCCCUUCUCUUGCAGGACAGAGAGCUGAUAACCUUCAGCCAGUUAUCUUUGGUUGACUUAGCAGGGAGUGAGAGAACAAACAGAACCAAAGCAGAAGGGAACAGACUACGGGAAGCAGGUAGGGGUUGUGACUUCCUUGUCCAAGCUUUGCCACCCUUUUGGGGCAUGAAAACGAAAUCUAGCCCCAUUCAUGAAAGCUUUCCAUUGAAGCCCGGUGGGAAACUGUAUUCUCUGAUAGAGCAAGGAGGGCAUUUCAGUUCCUUUGGGGUUGCCCCUUCUACCAGGAGUAGGCGGGGCUAACUUGGCCCAGACUGUGCCCUGCCUUGUGACUACAAAGGAGGGUCUCUGUCCCCCCCCUCUUUUCUCUCUAGAUCCCCUCCCUUAGCAGGGACUUGGGUCAUUUUCACAAUCAGAGGGUGGGGAUUGCUUCCCACCCUCUAGCUUAUCAAGAAGAGAAAUGGCAACCUCUGCUGCAAUGGAUUUAAGCCAGGAGCACUGCCAGCCUGUCUCUAGUGCUGGUGGGCUGGCUCUCUUCAGAUGUCCCAAGCAACAACUAGAGUGCAGCUUGUGAGUGCCAACCCCACUGACAGCUCUUCUAAAUCCCCAAUAAAUGUCCUCCUUACUCUGCCAGAGAAAACAGGCUUUUCUUACUGUGCUUAGGAGAGUGAGCAGAGCAUUUGACUCACCCUGCUAACCUCUGAUUCUGCUUUGUCCUCUUGGAUGAUUGGCAAGUGGCAAUGAUGGGCAGGUUAAGGCCAUCAGGGACGUUUUUCCUUAUGCCUUUCUUAAAUGGAGUUUAACCACAAUAAUGGCUUGUCACAAUAGCAGCCUGUGAUAGAUUUUCUGUCUUGGAGAAGGAGCUGAUAAAAGGUUUUUCCAGUGAACUUGAGAUCCCACAGCCUCCGAGGGAAAACCCUUGGACAAUAACAAUGGACUGAAAUAAAUGAAACUGGGCUUUGAUAUAUUGGCUGAUUAAUGCUGUACAAAAGGUUCUCUUCUGAGUUUCAGGAUGAGGAAGCUGACAGUUCAGUCCCCUGGACUGGAUGUAUUUAAGAAGACAUGGGCUGGUUGUAGGCUGGUUGAGGGCAGACUGAGAUUGUGGGGCAGUGCCACAUUUGCCCAAACUGACUAGCUCCACUUCAGUCCAGUCUGAGAGGACCUCCUGGUGGGCAAAAUACAUAGAAAGUGCCCUUUACUCUCCUGAGAGCAGGAAAUUUAAAGUAUGAAAAUGUCCCUGUUUCUUCAAACCAUGUCUUGUGACCAAGGCAUGGUUUGGGGUGAAUAAUGGGCUACACCUUUCCCUCUCCCCUACAGGUAAUAUUAACCAGUCCCUAAUGACGCUGAGGACCUGUAUUGAAGCCCUGCGGGAGAACCAAACUUAUGGGACCAACAAGGUGUGUGGUUGCUCCCCAUUUCUGUGGGUCUCCCUCUCCCCUGGCAGUCUUUCUUCCUGAUAACUUUUUUCUUCUUUAGAACUUAAGGACUUUUUUCUUCUUUAGAUGGUCCCUUACCGAGACUCUAAACUAACCCAUCUCUUCAAGAACUACUUUGAUGGAGAAGGCAAAGUGCGCAUGAUAGUCUGUGUGAACCCAAAGGCUGAAGACUACGAUGAGAGUUUGGUAAUCUAAAUCUUCUUUGAGCUUCCUUGCUCUCAUCUUGCUGAAACUGGGAUGGAGGGGAGGGCUACCUUUAUUUAUAAGAUCUUUACGUCUGAUCGACCCAAACAAUGAAGCACAAACCUGUUCUGUAGUGGAACUACCUUUCAGAGCAGAAUUAACUUGUGCUGUCUGUUAUAGGGUAGGUGGGAGGGAGAGAAAAUAAUGUGAAAUCCUUAGAUCUUGCAUACGCAAAUCUGUUGGUGUGUAAUUAGGCUUGACUAAUGUCUCCAUUUCCUGUUUAAUUGUGUUGUAAAGUACCAGAUCCUACAUACCCCCAUAUAUCAUUAUUUUGUAGCAAGUCCUGCGAUUCGCAGAGCUCACCCAAGAAGUAGAGGUUGCGAGGCCUGCUGAGAAGCCAGUCUGCGGCUUAAUCCCUGGUCGACGAUUUAAGAACCAGGCCUUUCGGGAGGAGCUCUCACGGCAGCUGGAAAUACGAGGUGGACCAAUUGAUGGAGGUAAAUCACAAGAGGCUACUUAGAGUGCCCAAAGCGGCAUUUAUCAAACAACCAGCAACAUAGACCUCUCAUUCUAGUUUAUUCAACUGUCUUAAUCCUUCCUGCUUUGUACACACAUACACAGAACUGCCUGAACAUGGUGUUCUGGACCUGUGUUCUCACGUUCAGUGUUAGCUGGGUAAGAGCAGCAGGAGGUGUGUUGGAAGGAAAAGGGUUAAACUACCACCGUUUUCUCCCCCUCCUCUGCUGCAGAGCCAGUCCCUUCUCACAGAAGGCAUCAGGGUAUUGUUGCACUUCAGCCACUGUAUCAUAUGAGGUUUGGCCUAGAAUAUACGUGUGUGUAUUAACCCUUAAGGUAUUUUUUGUGGUUAUCUUGAUAGGCGUGCAUUUGAAUUAACAGAGUGCCCUGUUCUAGCAACCCUCCAUGCACCUGGGAUCCAGGCUCUGCAUAGAGCGUCCUGGCAGCUGUUCCUCCUGUUGGGAGCUUGCCAGAGCCUUGGCCAAGACAUGUUCUUGAAACAGCUGCUUCAUUGUCUCUUGCAGAUCGGGAGCGGUCUAUCACAGAGGUGCUGCUGCAGAAUUUUCCCCCAAUGUCUUCCUGCGAGCUUCUGGACAUCCAUGAUGACCAGACCCUUCCUCGACUGAUCGAAGUGCUUGAGAAACGACAUCGCAUCCGGCAGAUGCUGUUGGAAGAGUUCACCAAAAAUGGUGAGCUGUAUGACUCUCCUGGCCAAAGUAGUUAUGCAGGCAGCUCGGGCGACUUCUGCCUUGGAGGUAACUGACCUGGUGCCCUCCUGUUGCUGCUGAAGUCCACUUCUUAUCCUCCCUGGCCGCUGGCUGGGGUUGAAGGGAGUUGGAGUCCAAUAAUAGCUGGGGGGCACCACACCUCAGCUAUUCCAUUUUUUAAAAAAUUCAUCUUACGAACACAAGAAAGGGCCUGCUGGAUCAGGCCAAUUGCUCACCAAGUCCAGUAUCCUUUUCUCACAGUGGCCCAACCAGAUGAGUGUGGAAAAUACUCAGAAAGAUCUGAGCCCAACAGCACUCUCCCCUUCUCUGGUUUCCAACAACUAGUAUUCGGAAGUAUUGCUGCUUCCAACUGUGGCAGCAGAGCAUAGCCAUCAUGGCUUAUUCCCAUUCAUAGCCUCCUCCAUGAAUUUGUCUAAUCUUCUUUUAAAGUCAUAUAGGUUGGUGGCCAUCCCUGCCUCCUGUCUGAGUGAGUUCCGUAGUUUAACUGUGUGUUGAAACACUUUAUUUUAUCUUUCCUGAAUCAUCCAACACUCAGCUUCAUUGGAUAUCUAGGCAUUGUAGUCUUCUUGCUUAUACAGUUGUGCCUUGGUUCUUGAAUUUAAUCAGUUCUGGGAGUCCAUUCAACUCCCCAAACGGUUCAAAAACCAAGGCGUGGCUUCCGAUUGGCUACAGGAGCUUCCUGCAGCCAAUUGGAAGCCACAUUGGACGUUUGCUUCCAAAAAAAGUUCGCAAACCGGAACACUCACUUCCAGGUUUGCGACAUUCGGGAGCUGAUUUGUUUGACAACUAAGACAUUUGACUACCAAGGUAUGACUGUAGUUUUAAUGUAUCAGAUUCUAAACAGGAAUGCCUUAUUUUCUGAUCAGAAGAUGCAACUGGUAGUGAAUUAUCCUAGUAUCUACCACUUGAAGCACUUUGAUAUUUUCUUCUCCUCUGGUUUCUGUCACAUGAGGGUUUCCACAUACUUCCCAUUUUACAAAUGUGCUUCCACAUCUUUGGAGAGAUUCCUUCAUUUUAUUAGCAUGCCGCUUUUCCACAAAGAAAUCAUUCUCAAAGCAGUUUACAACAAAGAAGCCAGGAGGGCAUUUUGAAGUAAACACUGCAUUUCAUAAUAACAUGGCAAAAUACGACGGUGGCAUAUAUAACAUACAAAAAAUAUAUAAAUGUAACAAGAUUAUAUAAACAACAUCCAUCCUCUUAAGGGCAAAAAUGGUAAGGGAGCCUUAUGCUUUUACUCUGGUCUUAGAAACACAUCCCAUAAUGUUGCUCCCAUGGGAUGACCCAGGCUUCCCUGGCGAAUUGGCCUAAUCCAGUCAGUAACGCAGAUUGCUUUUUCUUUUGUUGCAGUGCAUUCUGUCAAGGGGAUGCUUCAGGAGCUUGACUCCAGUAUCGUCUCCAAGGAGAACUAUGCACAAGUUAAAAUGGCCGAGAGAGACAAAUUUAUAGCAGCCCAGAAAACUGAGAUCGAGCGCCUAGAAAAGAAAGCAAAAACUCUGGAAUACAAGGUUUGGGUUCUGUGCCUUUAUGUUCUUUAAGCAUGCGGCCUAUUUCGCAUAAGUCUAGGAGUGCAGCAUCUCAGGCCCAGAGGCCAAAUGCAGCCCUCCAGCAUUCUCCAUCUGGCCCCUGGGAUGCUACCCAGGACACACCCCUGUUAACUCUGCUCCUUGAGGGUGUUUGCCUGGCUGGAAUGUGUCCUUAAAACUUGAGAAUGCCGUGUGUGUGGGCAUGGAGAGAGAUAGAACUCUCUGGUUUUUGUAUGGCUGGAGUGUGGCCUGUGCAUAAGAGUCUCUAUGGUUCUGCCCACCACUGACUGCUGCCCACAGGAUGGAGUGCAAAAGGAUCCCUGUUCUCCUCUCCCCACCCCAGUGCAAGUGGGACUCUUGUAACUUGCUGAGCACUAUGCUAACCUAGAAGUUGCAAGUAUGAUAGCUUUUUUGCCCAGCGGUGAUCAUUUUUGAGGCUGUCGUCUUGAAACAGGGGUGUCCUCUUAGCUCAUGCCUGACAGCUUCAAAUUAUGCACGUUUUGACAUUCAAUUGCAGUGCAGGUUCUUUCUUUGCCCUCAAACCUCCCCUCUAUUUUGGAUGUAAGGGUGGGUGUGGAUAUGGAAGCAUGGGGGUGUGAAAAUGAAGUUUUGGUAACAGAAAGUGGACUUUGUCUUACCAGAUCGAGAUAUUGGAGAAAACGACAACAAUUUACGAAGAGGAGAAGCGCAACUUGCAGCAGGAGCUGGAAAGCAAGAGCCAGAAGCUGCAGAGACAAGUUUCUGACAAGCGCCGCCUUGAAGCACGGUUGCAAGGCAUGGUGACGGAGACAACAAUGAAGUGGGAGAAGGAAUGCGUAAGUGUUGUGUGUGUACUGUUUUGGAGGCAAGCUGCUUGAGGCACAAUCCUAAUGCUUCCAGGCAGAAGUUCCUAGGACCCUUCAUAUUGAGUCAGACCAUCGGUUCAUCUAACUAAGUACUGUCUACACUGACUGCCAGCAGCUCUCCAGGGUUUCAGUCUUUCCCAGCCCUACCUGGACAUGCCAGGGGUGGAAGCCAUGACCUUUUGUAUGCAAUGCAGAUGUUAUGCUACUCCCUGCUCCCUGUCGUUUUACCAUGAGGCAGUGCUGGAGAUCAUUUGAGCCAUUCCCUGCUACGUAUUAGGGGUUUUUGAAUGUUUUAUGUAGUUUUUAUGUAGUUUUUCAGUUUCGUUGUCCUGCAUGGGACAAUGACAAUAAAGAUAUCAUAUAUCGUAUGAGAGCUGGCAGGAAAGGGUUAAUGCAGUCUGCCUAGUUCUCUGCUCUGCCUCCUAUGCAGAAGGAAUUGAGCUGUUGGACUUCUGGCUAAUUCGGGAAGCUCCUGCUGAUCUAUGUGGUCCGCUGCUUAUUUGUGUGAAUGAGAUAUAUUGAUUUUCGUUCCUGGUUUUUGUGUUUGUGUGUGUUUCCCCCCUCAAGCCUGAUCAAGGGAAAGGUACUUCUUUGGGUGCCCAUGGCAUGUUGAGGACUUUUGUUCGUUCAUUCUCUUCCUCCCUACCAUGGCUGCAAAGGCAUCCUUGGGUGCCUGUACCAUGCCCAGCAGCUCACAGUCUCUUCUCUACUGGGACAAUAUGAAAGGGAUUUGAGGAAGUCUGCAUGUCUGUAUGUCCCAAAAGCUUUGCUGACUUGAACUCUCUGGUCCAAGCAAAAGGGGAUCCUAUCUACCCCCACCAAGGGCCCAGGGAAUCAUUCAUCUGUGUGAUUGUGGUGUCCAUCCCGCAGGAAAGACAGUCUUUGUGCUGCUGCUCAAUACCUGCAAGGCUCUUUGGGGGGAGGAACAUGUCCUCUUCCACGGGCCCAUAGCAUCUUCUCUUCCUGUGGUUCUGUCCGGAGCCCUUCCUAGCACCACUUGGCUCUCUCUCGCUCUCUCGCAGGAGCGGCGGGUGGCAGCCAAGCAGCUGGAGAUGCAGAACAAGCUCUGGGUGAAAGAUGAAAAACUGAAGCAGCUGAAAGCCAUCGUCACGGAACCCAAGGGCAGCAAACCGGAGCGGCCUUCUCGGGAGAAGGAUCGGGAGAAGCCCCUGCAGAGGUCCCUGUCGCCUCCCCCAGUCCCUGUAGGUUGUCUUUAAGUGUCUCUUAUGUGUGUUUGUCUGUGCGUCGGGCAGAAGCAUUAGAGAAGCUGAACUGUUGAGCCUGGGUGGCUUUCUGGGGCUAGGGGAUUUUGUAGUCCAGUAAGGGAAUUUGGCUGCGAGUGCGCCGAGUCCCUGCCUCUGUUCCCUGCUUUUGUUCUUUCCCCCAAACCCUCUGUAAAUCUGCUUAAUUCAGACCGGUAGAUCUGGGGGCCACGGUGGGUGUCUGCCUGUGCCGGAAUCUGGGGGCUGACUGACUCUCUCUUCCCUCUCCUUGUUUGCUAACUGCACCUCUCUUCAGUUUUCUAGUCCCUGUGCCACUCAGCUCCCUAACACCACCAACUUGCCUGCCGCAAGCCAGCCACAGCUGCACAGGCGUUCUAACUCCUGCAGCAGCAUUUCGGUGGCCUCCUGCAUCUCGGAAUGGGAGCAGAGGACGCCUACUCAGAGCAGCAAGCACCCCGGCGGUGGUGGCAGUGGCGUGCCCAAAGGCAGGAGUAGACCUCAGGAGCUCCAGCAAGCUAGGCACUGUGCCAUGUCAGACAGAAGGCGAGGCAUGUGCUGGACCGGCGCCCUCGAGGUCCCCAGCGCUAGAGAGGCUCUAGAGGUAGAAGAGGACCUGUGCUGCAGGGUUAGUGCUGCUCCUCCUAGCUGGGGCUUGACGCUGGGGUGAGCCUGGCAUAGUGGCUCAAAGGUUGCCUUUCCCCAUCCCCCGAAAGCCAUGGAGAGCGCAGCAAAAGCAAAAUCGUGAGAAUACAAUAUAUAAGAAUUAAACGAAGCAGUAAAAAUAAAAAUUUAAAAAUCAACGUGCAUAGUUAAUCUGCUAUCUCCCACCUUCACCUGCACCACAGACACACUGUGGACCACCUGAAUUAAGCUCACAGACCAGUUUGGGACUUAAUUUUGGAGCCCAAACAAAACCUUUCUAGGAAAUGGAUUCUAGCCAGACUCUGCUUGUCCCAUGGCUGUAAGCUUUUCCGCAUCUGGGGCUGGGUAGCUACUUUUAAUUGACUCUCCAUUAUAAAGAUCUGAAAUAUGUUGUAUGCUAGACUUCUCAACAUGUAAAACCUGCAUCUUUCUUGCUUUAAAUUGCUAUGAGGUAGCUUUCCAAAUAGUUGAAAUCUCUUUCAGUUGGGAUUGUUUAAAGCACACACUUAAAUCUGUUGCCAGCCAGUCCCAAACACAUGUCAGCUUGCUUAAACGUCUUCAAAUAGUGAGAUCAGCCUGUCGAUGCAAAUCAGCUGUAAAUCAGAAAACUUAUACUGUACUUGCCUCCAAUCAAGAGUUCUUGAUUUUCUUUCUCUGCGUCAAUCAAGGGCAAUCAAAACUUUGGAAAGUGCAUCUGACAGGCUGCAGUGGUGUUUGUGUCACACUGUGUGAAUCUGCACCCGUCUUUCCCAUUAGCCGUGCUGAUGAGAGUUGUAGUCCAGAAGGAUACGGGGCACCAGGUUGGGAAAGGUUCUUCUAGAGCCCUGGGGUGCUGGGUGGACCAGUAUAACUAACAGGCCAGUUCCAUGGAAUGGGGCAAUGGUCACUGGGCAACAAGGCUGCUACAAUGCAUUGUUGUAGGCUAAGCAUAGGUGACCAUGGAGGCAAAGUUCAUGGGCUGUAGCUGAUGCUACUUCAACUCAGAGUAGGCCCAUUGGCAUUAAUGAGCUUCAGUGAGUCAUGCCCAAUAACUUUAAUGAGUCUACUCUGAGUAGGACAAGCAUUGGAUACACCCCUAUGAAAUCUUAUUACUUAGGUUUUCCGGGAUGUGAGGAAUGUGGGGUUGCCCCAUGGUUGAGCCACCUGCCCCCAUCAGUCCUCACCAUUGGCUAUGUAGGUUGGAGUUGAUGGGACUUGUAGUCCAACAAUGUGGAAUGCCAGAGGUCCCCCACCCCUUGCCUUCCCCUCUGCCCUACAUCAAGGGCUUCAUGAGAAAGGAAUUAUAAGUGCAUGGAGCUGCCCAGGCUAUUUGUCCCUCUAGCCCAGAAUGUGCUCUGGUAUGAGAGGGGCCUUUCCUGUCACUUCUAGUUUGGCUCACCCAACAACCAAUACCAUAGAUGUAGUCCUGGGCCUUCUGCAUCCAAAGCUCUUGAGCUACAUGGUCCCUCCCCAAGCUGGUCUUCUGGGUUCCUGUUGCUCUAUAGCCACAUUACACAGCUGCUUAUGGUGGCUCCCACUGACCACAUGUCCAGCAGUCAUGCUAAUGGGAGCUGUGGUCCAAAGCAUUGGAAGAUUCACAAGUGGGUGAGGACUGUCCUGGGAAAACCUGGUGGCCAGGGCAGCUUGUUGGACCUUAUAAUGGUGAUCAGGCCUACUUGAGAGCAAAGGUUACCUUGUCCCAACAUUUCUCCUCCCCAUUCCCUGUGUGGCUGUGAAACAGCAUUUUACCUCUGAAGCAUUUAAUCUCAGUGUCCAUCAGCAGGGCAAAAGGCAAAGAGGCAGGAACGUUUGAUGCUCAGCCAACUUAGGAAAUCUUUGCAGGUGGGGGUGUUGCAUUUGUCUUGUCUUUUGUGUGCGUACUUGAGUUGGCCUAUUGGAAUUGCAGAGUUUUGCCCAUGGACUGACCCCACCCUCCUUGCCCCCAGCCUGGUAAUGUGCCUGCGUUCAACACUGUUGCUCUAAAAUCAAGACUACUUGUUAUCCUUUGCUCUUCCUUUUCCAUCUCUUCCACCCUCCCCAAAAUACUAUGAUUGCACCUAUAAGAUUUAUGCAUGACACUGAAGGGAAAUCUUAUGUGUUGGGGAUGAAAAUAAAGUGACUAAAGAUUUUGAAUUGCUUUGUUGACUUGGCUCUCCAAAGAUAAACUUGGGUGAAAUUUGCUGCUCAUCCCCUCUGCAUCUCUCUCUUCCUUUUGGGACCCACUUAGAAUGCUCCGCCAGUUCGCAUCCGGCACAGGCGCUCUCGUUCAGCUGGGGAGAGAUGGGUGGACCACAAGCCUCCCUCCAAUGUCCAGACUGAGACAGUCAUGCAGCCCCACGUCCCCCACUCCAUCACAGUGGCGGCUGCCAACGAGAAGGCCCUAGCCAAGUGCGACAAGUACAUGCUGACCCACCAGGAGCUGGCUUCCGAUGGGGAGAUUGAGACAAAGCUCAUCAAGGUAAAGGGGGCCAGCAAUCAAGCAGGCAGGCAGGCAAGGGAGCUUUCCCAAAUGUGUGCCUGUUUUCUAACAAAGUCCUCCAAGCAAACUUUGAGGCUUGUUGGGCUGCAAAGCAGCUGAACUCUUGUGGGGCCAUUAGAAUUUUACACAUUUAGAGCAGAGGGGCGUGUGGAGAGAUGCAUACAAAUGACAGUCGCAUAUUGCGCACCAUUAACUGGCAUGAUUUCAACCUUGAAAGCUGGCCGGCUGAAAUCCCAGAAAUUAAUUGCAUGCAGGGCAGAGAGCUCCAAAGCUCCUUUUGCACUGAGUUUUCCUGGCAUGGAAAGUGCUUUUUAAUCUCUCAGACUUGCUUACUGGGCUCGGAAAUGCCCUUGUGAGAUCUCACGGGAACUCAGAUGGCCCUGCGAGAUCUUGUGAAAGCAUCCCAGAGCUUGGCAAGAAAGGCAGGGAUGGUUGCCUGGGGGCAGUUUAGGGGUAUGUUUUUAGCAUAUACGUGCCCUUCCUGGAAUGCAGCCCCCCCCCCCCCCCAAGAUGUGAUUCUACUGCAUCAAUUUACAUUUUCACUGCCUUCAAACCCAGGCUAGGCUUCCUAGGCUGGUCUGGCCUGAUCUAUAAUAUCUGUAAAAAUGGAGCACAGUUAAAACAAUACAAGAGUGGGAACCUCAGCUGCCCCCCUCACGAUGCAAAGAGCUUCUUCACUGUUCCUGUCUUAUAGGGUGAUGUUUACAAGACCAGAGGAGGUGGCCAGGCAGUCCAGUUCACAGAGAUAGAGACCCUGAAGCAAGAGUCUCCAACAGGGUGAGUUUUCUAGCCCAGAUUUCUUGCCCUCUUAAAACGCACAGAACCAAGAUGUCCAUUCAUGGGGCUUCUCUUGCUCCUGCGAGUAGGGGGAGGGCCCAGUGAGACUGCUGUAACUUAGUAUCAUGACAUAAAGUUUUUAUGUUUAAGUUUUUAAAUACGUUGUAAGACACUUGGAGAACUCUGUGUACCCAAGGCUAGUAAAUAAUAUGAGGCAGGUUCCUGCUGCAAGGCCAAGAAGUGCAUCUCCCAGUGGAUUUGAUCAGACUUGAAGUUUUCAGGGCAGGAUCAGAUUUGAUGAGCAAUCCUUUAAACUAACCAUUUGCUUUUUCCAUAAAAUGCAAUACAAACAUAGAACUAUCCUUAAAACAGGCUCCAUUUGAGAUAAAGGUAUAAAAAUACUCAGUAAACAGACAGAAAACAUGGUUGUCAGAAAAUGAUGGCAGUCUUGAUGUGGGGGGCAGGUAUUGCUCCCCCACCCGUUAAUCUGUGACUAGUUCACCUAACCUCUGGACAGGGGGUUUGACCUUGAAGGCCUUGGCUUGUGAACCAGCCAGGCGCCCUAUUGUGGCUUGCUUCUAUCAGCUGGACACAGCUUCCCCUCAACUGAUGUUCCUUUGCUUCUUCCAGCCGCAAGCGAAGAUCGUCUCCCUCCAGCCGUUCACCUGCAGAGGAGGGUACAGAGUCCGAGUGGACAGAUGUAGAAACAAGAGUAAGUUCCAGGGAGGCCCUUCUUCGUGUGCCUCCUCCACGAGAGAUCCAGAGUGUGGCCAUACGAGAACGGGCCUUUUCUGCAGUGGCUCCCUGUUUGUGGAAGGCUCUCCCCGGGGAGGUUCGGCUGGCACCUUCAUUAUACACCUUUAGGUGCCAGGCAAAACAUUUCCUCUUUAACCAGGUCUUUGGCUGAUUGCCAUUUUUAAAAUGUGCUGUGGAAGGGGGGAUUAUUGGGUUGUCGUUUUUAUUAUGUAUUUUGUGAUUUUAUGUUGUAAAUUGCCCUGACAGGUAUAGAGCAAUAUACAAUUAUAUAUUUUUUGUUAUUGUUGUUGGUGUUAUUAUUACAAUGGUACCUCGGGUUACAUACACUUCAGGUUACAAACUCCGCUAACCCAGAAAUGUUACCUCGGGUUAAGAACUUUGCUUCAGGAUGAGAACAGAAAUUGCACAGCAGCGGUGCGGCGGCAGCGGGAGGCCCCAUUAGCUAAAGUGGUGCUUCAGAUUAAGAACAGUUUCAGGUUAAGAACGGCCCUCCGGAACGAAUUAAGUACUUAACCCGAGGUACCACUGUAUUAGUCCUGGUGUAACCCAGGGUGGGGGGUGAGCAGCAAAGACUGCUGCUGAGUUGCCUCUUGAUUCCAUGUGGUCUCUCUCUGUGUUUUUUUGUCCAGUGUUCUGUCGCAGUGGAGAUGAAGGCAGGCUCUCACCUGGGGCCUGGAUACCAGCACCACGCUCAGCCCAAGUAUGUUUCUCUCUCCUUCUCACCCCUCACUCCUAAAUACUGAACAAGGCUUUCUGCUUCCCUAAGCUUGUAGCUUUGUGUUCUUGAGAAAGCUGGGUUUGGAACCAGGACCAGGCUUUCUGCUUAGGGCCUGAAGACGGAACAGGAGCUGUGCCUGGGAGAUGCUGGCUUUGGGGUGGGGGGCAGAGGGGGCAGAGUUUAUUAUUGAGGUUUGGCCUCUUGCAGAUAGGUGCCGACCAAGCUGUGAAAGUGAUCUCUUCAGCUCAGGGGACGAAAACAUGGCAGUUUUACAAGACAUGUUAACAGGCAGGAAAGAGGGCAUCAGAGGUAAAAAAAGAAAAGAAAAAGUUACUGAAAGUUCUGAGUGGGGAAAGGCUAUCAUCAGGACCUGGAGAAACCUCUAAGGUAGUGCUGUGUUUGAGUUACAGAGAAGGCAGGAUGUUCCAUAGGACAAGGAAGCCUGCUCAUACUCUGCACCCCCUCCCCACAGUGGCUUCUGGAUUUCCUUGCUGGGUGUUGCUCACAUAUAUUUUACAGCCGCACAGGCUAGAAUCCUUUUUUGUCCUCUGUGGGGUGCCAAAUCCUGCCCUGCGUUGGGCAGUUGCUGCUCCCUACGUCGGCCCCUCCUGACCAAUUGGCUCAACUUCAGAAAGCUUUUCUUGAAGGUUUUGUCUGCUGGGUAGGGGUGGGGGAGAUGUUGGGAUGUGACGGCAGCUCCUGGAGCCAAAGGGCCGGAAAUAGCCUCUUGCAGGAGUCUCUGCGGGGGCAUCAGGAGGUUUUGGGGGCUGCCUCAUCGCAAGGGGCUCUGCUUGUGCGCUGAGAAUUUUACAUCGAUCAUGACCUUCCAACUUUGUAUGUGUGAGGGAUGACCACAAACCUUUCUUUCCUUUGCAGGCGCAGAAAACCAUGAACUAUUGGAGAUUCCUUCUAGGACUUCUUUGGCAAAGGGAUUAUUUGCAGGCCUACAUAUGCUAGGCAAGGAAAGAGCCAAAUAUAUAAUAAAAGUACAUUUUUUUCCUUUGGCUCUCUUCUGUUGUGGCAUUGAAGAAGACAACCUUGUUUUGUUCUGUUACCUCUUGACUGGAUACAAGACUCCCUUGCAUAGGGCUCAGCUGUGUUCCUUGCCACCUUUUUUGUCUUCUUAUGGGUAUUUUUAUGAGACUGUAUUAAAAAUGUGCUGCUAUUUAUUUAGCUGUCCUGAUGCACUUUAGAAUGAUCUUGACGCCUGUUUAGAAUGGCAGUCCUGCCCAAGCUUUCAGCUGGGAAUGGCUUUGUCCUUAGACUGGGAGCAUCUGUGCCCCUGCAAACCGGUGGAGAAGGCCUUCUCCUGCCAAUGUAUUCUGAGCAGUGGGAAGGAUGGGGCUCUCGGCGCUGGCUACCUUCUCUCUUUGUUUUGUUUGCUAUGCAUGAUUGUAAUGGGGCACGAUGAGUAGACAUCUGUGUAGGAAGGUGACUAUAUUCACAUGUGAUAUAUAUGUAUAUUUUAAAGGGCUGAAUUUGCCAAUAAAAUUUCACAGCAUCUUGCA